AUGAAUCUCAGUCACGUCCGUAGUGCCGCCUUUAAGCCCGCUAUUCCAGUGACAGGAAGUAAUGUCAUGACAUCCAGUGUUGCUGUAUCUUCUGCUGUACAUAAUACGGCAGGAGCUGGUGCACUACAGUUAUCCGGUCGCUGGUCACUUGACCGUGAAGAUUCAGACUCGACGAAUGAUUAUUUAGAGGCCAUGGGACUGCCAUUGAUUGCUCGUCAAGCUGCUGAUAAAUUGGACCUUAUGGUAAUUAUUAAUCAGACACCUGGAGACUUUGUAAUUACAAGACGUACGCGCAUCUUUACAGAGACCAAGCAGCUAAAGUUUGGACAAGAAGUUAACGUGAAGAACAACCUUAUUACGGUCACGGGUGACGCGACACAGAUUAAGACAGUUACGAAACUCUCUGGAUUUCGUGGUGUACUCAAGGAUAUGCGCACGAUUGAUCCACGAGGUCGUAUGCAUGUGGAACUGAGCCUCACGUUGACUGACAAACCCCCGGUGAUUAUCAAUCGCUACUUUAAGAAGACCAAUCGAAAUCAACAAUGGCAGAGGAUAUAA